GCGGGAAGCAAAGUGGAGAGCGACACACUCUAAGAGCUCAGUAGCGUUCUGACAGCUCACAAUCUCGCAGCCUGGUGCCAGGGAUCUCCAGCGCAUCAAGUUCUCCAAGGGGAGAGCAGCCAACAGAAGGUUGAUCAGUCUUUCUUGGUGUGAGGGGCUUUUCAAUCAUGGCACGCCGCCCCAUCAUGGAACGCUGCCCCACCAUGGCCCUGCUCCUUUCCCUGCUCUUGUUCAUGGUUCAAGGCUUGCUCCGAGUAGAAGAUCUCCUUAUCACUGAUCCAUGUAGGAUCAUGGGAAUCACCCUCAUUGGCAAAGGGAAAGGACCAGAACUUAAUUUUACUGAUGCCAGUGAUGCCUGCAGUUUGUUGGGUCUCCAGCUGGCCAGUAAAGCUCAAGUAACCACUGCCAAGGACUUUGGAUUUGAGACAUGCAGUUUCGGGUGGGUCUCUGACAAGUAUGUGGUCAUCUCCCGCAUUCUCCCCAAUCCAAAGUGUGGUAAAAACAAAAUAGGUGUUCUAGAAUGGAACCUGAAACUCCAAAAGGAGCAGUAUGCGUACUGUUACAACUCUUCAGAUACAUGGAUUAAUUCAUGCAAACCUGAAGCUGUUACAACCGAAGAAGACAUAACCAUCCUACCAACUGUACUGGACACAACUGAAACGGAACACAAUGUCAGUGUCACAGCUGAUACAACAACCACCUCUCCAGCCCUACCUCCUAACCCAGGAAAGCCACGAUGGAACAAAAAGUUAAUCUGUGUGACAGAACUAUUUUUGGAAACAAGCACUAUGGAAACGAGUGCUAUGCCAGAGGAAGUUGAACCAACUUUUGAAAGUCAAGCUGCAUUUAAGAAUGAAGGCGUCACAUUUGGAGGUGUACCCACCACACUCUUGGUUCUUGCCUUAAUCUUCUUCAUUGCUGCGGUUGUACUGGCUGUCUGCUAUGUCAAAAGGUACAUGAGCUCCUUCCCAUUUACGAACAAGAAUCAGAAAGAAAACACUGAAGCCAAAGGGGCAAAAGCAACAAAGGCAGGAGACAAAAGUCCUAAGGAGGAACCAAAGAAAAGUGAGAAAAAAGCAGAAGAAACCAAGAUGACACCCAAGAUGACACCCAAAAUGACAGUCAAAUACAUGGAAGCUGAGGUUUAGGUGGGUUAGAAUGGCAGAAGACACGCCUCUGUACCAGGGACCAGAGGCUAUGGACACCUUCUUGCUUCAAAAGGCCCCUUAUUCUCCACUAGAAGAAACUGCCAAGCCCAAGAGAUCAAGCAGCAAAGCCCACAAUGAUCCCCUAACCAGAGGACUCAUCCAGAUGACCUACCUAUUACUUAUUGUCAUUUACCUACCCCUGGGCCCUGGGUCUUAUCACCCAGUGUCUCCAUAGCAACCCCAGUCUAGAUCCAAAGUCUCUAUUUCCUAAUAAAAUCCAGGUGAGAGAAGUGGAUCUGUCUGACUCCAAUAUCGUAGAAAUAUUCCUUGUAUAUUUUUUUGCCAGGAAGCCUUUUAGUGGGCUGGGAUGAGGCCAGCUGUGAAUCUAGCCAGGGCUGUCAUCUCUGCGCCCACAUCAAAGAACAAAGCUUCCUACAACCCUGGCCUGGCUGUCUGAGCUUAGACACAUUAGGCAGGGAGGGGCCGCAUGUAGCUGGGAUGGCCAGUGGAGCUCCAUGUGAGGCAGAACUAAACUAUACUGGAAGAAAAAGAAAGAAGGGAGCCCAGAUACUAGCAAUAGCUCAUCUCUUAGAGUAUUUAAGCUGGGAGGAAUCUUAGAGCCCUUCAGCCCCAGCUUUAUAUCCUAGAUUCCUUUGGCAAUCUAAUGAAGUCUGUGGCCCUUUGCAGAAUAAUGUUUUUAAAAUACACAGUGUAAAAUGACAUAGAUCCAAUUCCAAAGAAAACCAAUUAUAUUAAAAUAAAGGAGUUUUUCUCAUCCAAAUUCACAGACCCCCUAGAAAUCGAAGAACCUCUGAUCUAAUCCAACUUCUCUCUCAUUUACAGAUAGGGAAACGGAGGCUCAGAGAGGAGGAGGAACUUGUCCACAAUUUUAUUUGUGGAAGAGUUAGGUCCUGAACCCAGGUCCCAUGCUCCUCUAACUGGUAUUCCUUCCACUGUGCCACACUGGCAAACCAACUAGAAUAAAUAUCAUUUCUUUUUUUUUUAAAGCCUCACCUUCCAUCUUAGAAUCACUACUACAUAUUGGUUCCAAGGCAGAAGAGUAGUAAGGGCUAGGCAAUAGGGAUUAAGUGACUUGCCCAGAGUCAGGAUGUGACUGGGGUCAAAUUUGAACCCAGGAUCUCCCAUUUCUAGGCCUGACACUCUAUCCACUGAGCCACCUAACUGUUCCCCCACUUUAAAUUUUUUUUAGCAAAACUCAUUGCUAUAUUUACCAAGGUUACAAAAACUUUGACCUGUUUUUAAAAACCUGAACUGGUUAAACAGUCUCCUUAAACAGCCUGGUAGUGCCUAGUUCCUCUAGGUUCUCACCAUAUUGCUUCCCCCUGUCAGCAGUCCCUCCCAGGGCAUCCCCAACCUCAGCCUCCCUAGUACCUAGGACUAUAGGCAAAUAUUGUUGUUCUCUUGUAACAAUUCUAUAAACAUAGCCCAUGUAUUUCUUUUCACAGACAUCCAUUUUACAGUUAUGGAAAUCGAGGCACAAAGACAUGAGAAGUUUUGUUCAGGAUCAUAUACCUAGUAAAUGGCUGAUGCAGGAUUUAAACUCCUAGGCUCUUGACUCCAAGCACUAAAUUAAACAGGAGGUUACAAGGGGACAAAACAAAACAUUCUUCCCUGGAGAACUUCAAUUAUGAUCCUUUUUCAACAUGUACUCUCUCCCUUUGCCAUUAUUUUAUUUUGGGAAAGUGUUGUCCCAUAGCAGUGGCAAGAGGAGACAGACUAAACAACCAGAGCUUUCUGGUGUACAGGAAAUCUAUCAUCCAGAAGAAAAUGACUGGGCCCAGAAAGUCAUCGCUGCACUUAGCAAUUUCCCCUGUACCAACUCCUAUGAUUCCUGAAACACUUCUGAGGUGCUUUUACUCCCUUCAUCAACAGGUCCCAGCCCCAUCCUCCAUGCCUUAGUCCAUGGGGCUCAUGAGAUGAAAUGGCCCCCAAAUCCAAAGCCCAACCAGCUCUGUAGGACCUGAUGGAACUUUCACUCCACUCCCAUCAUGCCACAAUGAGGCAGGAGAGGAAGACUAAUGAUAUUAUGGAAAUGUACCAAAAGGGAAAAAGUAAACUCCUUGGUUUCUACUCAAUGACCCUGGGCAAGUCACUUGCAAUCUGGGGGUCCCAGUUUUUUCAUCUGUAAAAUGAGGAUAAUUAUAGUUAUCUACCUAUCUCUUAGAGUUGUGAUAAGUAGAGAUUUUUGUAAAUCUCAAAGCCAGGAGGUGCUGGCAAAUACUGGACAACUGGGGAAGAGAGGGUAGAAUUCACAUGCAAUACACUUUUAAGUUUCAUCUGCAUUCUUAACAUUUUCUCUCUUACUUUCUAAGUCUAGACAAUCAACAGAAUAAUAAGUGAAGCCUUAAUUUGUAACAAUUGCCAAUUUCCUAAGUGUAAAUGCUCAUAUUAAAAAUCUAAGAAUUGGACCUCUGGAGCUAGUAUGAGCUAGCUCCCUACUCAGACCUGUAUGUAAAAAAUGAGCUAUCGGACCACUUAUUUGUCAAAUGUGGGUAUUCCAAUGAGAUCAUUUGUGAGGUUUCUCCACACCCAGAAAGUCUAUGAUGUGAAUUUGUCAGAUACUACUUUCUAGAUUACCUUGAGUGAGACCUAGUUCUGCUUCUAAUCCUUUGCUAAACUGUGGGCUAGUCACAGUCCUCUGUCUUUGCCUCUGUUUCUCAUUUGUAAAAUGAAUUAACAUGGAGUAGUGGAUAGAGUAUUGGACUGCAAGCCAGGAAUAUCUUUAGACACUUAAUGUCUGUGUGACUUGUGGCAAGUCAUUACCUCUCUGUGCCUCAGUUUGUUCAUCUGUAAAAUAAGAGGGUUGGACUUGAUGGUCUCUGAGUUCCCAUCUGGCUGUAAAUCUAUGAUACAAUGACUCCAUGAAAAUUUCUCCCUUUAGCUCUAAUGUAUUUGGAUUCCAGUGUAUGUUUGUUGUUGUUGUUGUUUUAAUUGUAAGUUCCUAUAGCUAUUCUGUUUACUAAACUAUGGUAUUUUAUGCUGAGACUACCAUUCAGCAAUGAAGUGUUUUCUCAACUGUAAUAAUCAUCCUAAUCUUUAUUUAUUAUAAGUGCAUUCAAGGAAAGACAUAUUACAUCUUGUAAGCCAUGGGGCCUAUUCACACCAUUGACUAAUGAGCCAUCGUGGUCUUAGUCUUUCUUUCCAGUGUAGAAAGAGCCCAAUAUGUUCAAGUGUGUGCUGAGGAAAUAAAAUCACUUAAAA